AUGAAAUAAUAGACAUAAUAAAAGUUACUUUUAAGUACUUCGAGGUAUUAGAUUGUUCAUGGGAUUAGGUUAAUUUCACCUAGAUAAGCUUUUCAAUUGAAGUACACAAAAAGUAUUUCCAAAGAAACUAAGAAUAGGUUGAAAACUGCCAGAUAUAAUGAUCUUGAAAGAUUUCUGAUAAAGAAUCAAAGUCAAAAUGAGACAAAGAAAUGUAAUACAAGUUGUAAUUGUGGGUAAUGCGGAAAGAUGAGCUAGUUUUAGAGUAAAAUAUGGAGUUAAAUUUCAACAUUUGAGUCAGCUUAUACAAGAAGGAAAAGAGUUUUUAAGCGCUUUAGAAUAGCUGGAUAUGCAGCCUAGUUUUUGGUUUUUUAUAAAUCAGAGCAAAUUCGAAAACACAAAAAAAUGAGAUAUCUGUAAUAAUUUCUCCGAAAUCCUUAAACGAAUGUUAAACGAGGGACGAUGAUAAUUUAAUCAGCGCAUUCUCACAGGUCUCCUAAGUCUCCCAAUGCAUCUGAUAACAUAAUAAGACGAAAUGCUACAGAUUGUUUUGAAGUAGACUCAAUAAAGGAGAAACUAUCAUUCAAUAAUGAACAUUUCAGCACAAUAAUAAAUAGUUAAAAUUCUAGUACAAAAAAACGAUAAGUCUCACUCUAUAUGGAGAAGAUGUUGAGAAAAAUAACGAAUAAAAAAUAACCUGUCAUGUAUUUGACUCCCUUGUCUAUAAUUGUACGUUAUCUGUUUUUAAAUUAGGACAAAAAGAUGAAGAAAAAUAAUACUCUACCUAGCAUUUCUUAAUAGAUUUCUCCAAAAAAUAGUUUGGACAAUCUCAAAUUAGAUAAGAUAUCAAAUCCAUUUAAUCUAAUAUAAAACAGAUAAAAAAAGAUAAGGAAUGCCAACACUUUUCACAAUGAAUAUUCCUAAAAUAAUUAAGGAGUAAUGAAAUUGAUAGAUGAAAUGAAAAUAAAACACAGAUAACUUAAAAGAAGAUGUUGA